AUGGCUGUGGCCAACUUCCUGAUUCUUCUCUGCAAGGGGAUGCCUCACAUGAUGUUAACCUGGGGAAUCACACCCAUCCUGGGAAACACAGGAUGCAAACUUGUCUUUUAUAUCCACAGAGUGGCCCGGGGACUUUCUCUCUGUACCACCUGCCUCCUGAGCAACUUUCAGGCUAUCACCAUUAGCCCCAAACCUAGAAGGAUGAUAUGUCUUAAAGACGGAGCUUGGAAGAACUUCAGUUUCCCCUGUGUUCUGUGUUGGAUCAUCAGCUUGCUGAUUAACACCUUUAUUCCUAUAAAUAUAGAAGGCCUUCAACAUACUCACAAUUCUACCAAGUUACGAGACUAUGGUCUCUGUUCUUCAAGAAAUUCUGAAACAUCUACUCCAAAAUAUGCAUUUCUAAUGACACUGGUAGAUGUUGUAUUCCUGGGACUCAUGGCUUGGACCAGUGCCUACAUGGUGUUCCUCCUAUAUAGACAUCAGCAGACAAUGAAGCAUAUUCACACCACUACUAACUCCCACAGAUUCUCUCCUGAGACAAAAGCCACUCAAACCAUCCUGCUUCUAGCAAGCACUUUCAUUUUGUUUUAUUUAAUGAAUUCUUUCCUUACUAUUUAUUAUACUGUCUUUUUUAAACCUCAUCUCUGGCUGCAGCACGCAACUAUAUUUCUCACAGCCUGUUAUCCCACUAUUAGCCCCUUGAUACUGAUGCUUCGAGAUCCUCAAGCACCAAAAUGCUGCUCUUCAAUGCAGACAAAGUAG